CAGCGUAGCCUUUCUCUCAUCUCUUCGUCUGUGCUCAGCAUUUUUGCGGGUUAUAAUGCAGCAAUCCGAGAAUUCCAUAUAAAAAGCACAGCCAUAGUAUUUUUCCUCUUUCUACGCUAUUAUGCCGGAAUUUGUCGAAGAAGAACCACCGAGCUACCAGCACGCUUUCCAAGCUGGUCUCGAUGAAGAUUCCGUUGUUCACGAAUUUGGCCGGUUCAAGGACACCAGUCUCGAUUCAUUCGAAAGAGGCGAACUAUUUGUACAAGCAUUCCGAUCCCAGAUCAAUGGAGCUGUUCCUCCAGAAUUAGUGGAACAAGUGCGCCAACAUGGGCUUCAAUCUGUACAGCGACUGGAUCAAACGACACACAGUAACUCAUUAUUUAAGCACCCUUUGGCUACUGCAAACCAGCCGCCGUUUCAUAUUACUACCAUGUCCGGUGAUGAUAGUCUUACUCCUAUUGUCGAGUUUUGGCCACGGCUGCGUAACCGUGGUAAUGAUAUGGAUUGGGAUAUCACGUUACAAGCGACGCAUCCAUACCUUGUAUCCUAUGGGGAAGGUGAUGAUAAAGUACACUCGCUGCAUUAUUUCGAAAUCACAGUGCAAGAGGCCAAAUCCGAUGUGGUCUUGUCAAUAGGAUUGUCGACAAAACCAUAUCCUCUAUUUCGAAUGCCAGGUUGGAACAACCACUCGAUCGGAUAUCAUAGUGACGAUGGAAGAAAGUUUAUCGACGACGCCUCAGGAGGUCAAGAUUACGGACCGAGCUGGAAAAAAGGCGAUACUGUCGGGUGUGGCUACUCUCCCACGGAAGGCAAUGUGUUCUUCACGAAGAACGGACAGAUGCUAGGCAUUGCGUAUUCCAGCAUAUCCCCGCUAAACUACUAUGCUAGUCUGGCAGCAGAUGGCCAUGCCAAGGUUAAUGUCAACUUUGGUACACGACCUUUCCUCUAUUACCCACCACCUCCUCCUCCCUCUUCUUCUUUUUCGUAUCCUCCUCCUCCACUGUAGUACUGUAUUGAUUGAAAAAAAAGAAUAAAAAACAAACAAUGCAUAUAGAAAGGA